UAUGUUAGAAUUUGUUAUUUAGGGUAAGCGGCCUCGCAGCCUCGAAAAUAUCAUUACCCCCUCUUCCGCCGCCUGUUCCAAAUCCGAUCUCGUCCUCCGCUGCUACUUGCUCAGGUAAUAGAUGAGAGGAAGGAGCUAUAGUCCAUCGCCGCCCAGGGGUUAUGGCAGAAGGGGAAGAAGUCCUAGCCCAAGAGGUCGUUAUGCCGGCCGUGGCAGAGAUCUUCCCACCAGUCUUCUGGUUCGCAACCUUCGCCACGACUGCAGGCCUGAGGAUCUUCGUAGACUUUUUGGACAAUUUGGUGCUCUUAAGGACAUUUACCUCCCGAAAGAUUAUUAUACUGGAGAACCCCGAGGCUUUGGUUUUAUCCAAUAUGUAGAUCCUGCUGAUGCGGCAGAUGCAAAAUAUCAUGUGGAUGGUCAAAUUCUUCUUGGUCGAGAGUUGACCGUUGUUUUUGCUGAGGAGAACAGAAAGAAGCCUGCUGACAUGAGAGCAAGAGAAAGAAGGGGUCGAUUUUCUGAUCGAAGAAGGUCUCCACCUCGUUAUUCUCGCUCUCCUCAAUACUCUAGGUCACCCCCACGUCAUAGAUCUCGGUCUCGAAGCCGUGAUUAUUAUUCUUCCCCUCCUAAACGAAGGGAGUAUUCAAGAUCUGUGUCACCUGAAGAUAGAAGAUACAGUCGAGAAAAAGAGAGAGGGAGAUCAUACUCGCGACAGAGCAGGGAGAGGUCAUACUCACGCUCUCCACCCAAUAAUGGUGGCGCAAGGAGUCGGAGUCGGACUCAGAGUCCAGCUAAGGACCCAAGCCGGAGCCGCAGUCAGACUCCAAAUGGUGAUGAUUAUCCAAGGGAGCCGGCCCGCGGUAGGUCCCCCAGUCAAUGAGAUACUUCAGACCCUCACAAGUUGGACCAUGCGGAUGUUGAAUUUUGCUUUAAAAUAUAAACAAUUCUCCUCUGUUGUAACUUGAAAAGCGGAAUCAGACUACCUCGUUGUUAGAAUGAAAACUUGGUUUCACAGUGACGUUUUCAUGAGGGACCGUUAUGUUGAUAAGAUUUCAUUUUAAUGAGGGUUGUUAGAAUCAAUGCAGUCUUUACUUGGUAGUAAUAUGCUUUGAGUUCUGUCAAUUCGAGUUACUAUUAUAAUUUACCUCAUGCCUGUUUUUCGAUAUUAAGUCAGAUUAUAUGCGAAGUCGUCAUUGCUGUUGCUAAAAAUAAAGGAUGAUAUUUUUUUACUCA